AUGUUCACAUUUAAAAUUUUGUGUCUACUAGUUACAAUUUUACAAGCUUUUAGUGAUGUUAGUGAAUCGAAACAUAAACACGAUGAUGACUGCUAUAAACCACCUAAAUUGAAGGAUUUUGGGGAUUACAAUCCAUUUUUUAGCACCAAAGGAAAAAAGAGAGAAGGUAAAUAUGGAAAGAAGCACUACGAAGAGCACAAUUCUUAUUUGUCACCAUGGAUGUUUUUAAGUCCACCACCUCAAUAUCCUUAUGAAGGGGAACAAAUGGUUAAUUCAUAUCAAAACGAACCAAUCAUAUACCCCUAUCGAGGCGAACAACCAAUGUACCAGUACGAAAGAGAAGAACCCGGACCAGUGUAUGGACGUCAAAACGAGUACUAUCAACAGUUUCCUCCUAGAUUUAACAGCGAUGAAUACACCGAAGACGAAGAGUAUGUUCCACCUAAGUAUCGCGAAAAUCAUAGUAGGGAAGAAACUUGUGGUGUGUCUUUUAAAGUAACUGAGCUAAUAGUUAAUGGUGAUGAAUUUGAGGAUGGUACAUAUCCUUGGUUAGUUGCUCUGUUUGUGUUGCGAAAUAAUCGGUUAAAUUAUAUAUGUGGUGGUACCCUGGUGUCCCAUAAACACAUUAUAACAGCUGGGCACUGCAUAGUUCGUAAUCGUGAACCAACUCAAGCGAAGGACUUAAUGGUGUCGCUAGGAAAAUGCAGUAUUAAAAACUUGCCAUUAUCAGAUCCAAGUGUUUAUAAUAUUGGAACAGUUCACGUUCAUCCAGGAUAUAAAUAUCUGUCGUCAGAUGGAGAUAUAUCCAUUUUGGUACUAAAAGACAACGUUCAGUAUACCCGACUGAUAAGACCAGCUUGCCUUUGGAAUCGAGACAACAACUUGCAAAAUAUAGUAGGAAUUAAUGGGAUCGUUGCUGGAUGGGGAAGGAAUGAAAAUGGCACUCUUUCUAUGAACCGACCAAGGGCUGUCAAGGUACCAAUAGUAUCACAAGAAACAUGCUUAAGGAGCAACCCUCAGUACAACUCCAUAACUUCGCAAAGAACUUUCUGUGCGGGUACCCCUGAUGCAGGACCGUGCAAUGGAGACAGUGGUAGUGGUCUAGUCAUAGAGCGAUACGGCAAGUGGAUGUUGAGGGGAAUAGUUUCUUUAUCUUUAAGUACCGGUGUGCCUGUCAACGGUUGUGAUUUAAGUUUUUACAUAGUUUUUACAGAUGCCAGUAAGUAUUUAUCGUGGAUAAACGAUAUUAUGAGGGAAUAA